AUGGCCGACAAUCCUUCAGCCGCUUGGCCUCUUGCCGACGAGGCACUGUCCCAGUCGAUCUACGACCUUGUCCAACAAGCGUCGCACUACCGCCAGUUGAAGAAAGGAGCGAACGAGGCUACAAAGACGCUGAAUCGGGGCACUGCAGAAAUCAUCGUGCUUGCUGCAGAUACCACCCCGUUGGCGAUCCUUCUCCACCUGCCGUUGCUCGCGGAAGACAAAAAUGUUCCCUACGUCUACGUGCCGAGUCGAGUCGCACUGGGCCGAGCCUGCGGCGUCAGCCGUAGUGUCAUUGCGGCCAGCAUCACGACCAACGAGGGAAGCGACUUGACUCCCCAGAUUCGCGCGCUCAAGGACAAGGUCGAACGGUUGAUGAUUUAA